UUUUGAAUGUGAAAAUUGUGUUUAAGGAUUAAGCCGAUAAAGUUCGAUAUCCCACUUUGAGGAGCUUGAGCACUAUAAUCAUUAAGCAGCUUCCCCGCCAGCCGGAAGAAGAAGAAGAAGAUGGGCAACGCCGGCUACACAUGCAUCCGCCGCACCUUUUGCUGGCUCAACAUAAUACUGUGGUUGUGCAGCUGCGCCUUCCUUGGUGCCGGCUUGUGGCUGCGCCUCAGCUAUGAAGGAUAUGCCACGCUGUUGCCACAGCACGCCGGACUCAGCGCGGACACAAUCUUCAUGGGCAUCGGUGGGGUUGGGUUUGUCGUUAGCUUCUUUGGCUGCUGCGGCGCCUGGGUGCAGUCCCGCUGCCUGCUAGUGUUGUACUUUAUGCUGAUUGUGAUGCUGUUCAUGAGCGAAUUCCUGGUCGGUUCGAUAGCGUUCCUCUUUCGCGGCGGACUCGGACGCACUUUGGCCAACGAGCUGCGCUUCGGCAUCGAGCGUCAUUAUAAUGCCAGCGAUCGUGGCUCCCUCGUGGCACCAUCCGUUGCCGCGAUUUGGGACAGCGUUCAGCAGUCGUUUGAAUGCUGUGGCGUCUCGUCGUACGAGGAUUGGUAUGACAUCCAGUCGUGGAGUGGCAAGCGAUGGGUGCCAGACUCGUGCUGCCGCCAGCUGUAUGAUCAGCGCCAGCUGAUCACCGAGGGAUCUGGGGAUGCUGGACUGAUGCGUGUCGAUUGCGGCAGAUCGGAGAAUCCGUCGCUGUGGUGGGACAAGGGAUGUGCACACUCGCUGCAGGGCUGGUUCAACGGGCAGCUGAAUGUGGUUGGGGCCAUUGGAUUGGGGAUUGCAUUUGUGCAGCUGUUCGGGCUGAUCACGUCAAUGCUGCUGUUCUGCACCGUGAAGCAUAAGCGCGGAUCGGACACAUAUAAAUCGUAUUCGCCAUCGAUCGAUCCGCAGACGCGCACCAGCAGCUGGGAGGAUUGAACUAGACUCUAGGCUGACCCGGGGUCGGUUGACUUUCUAAAGCAAAAAACGAUUUUGCACAUUAAUUGCUCAUGUUUUUUGUUUGUUUUGAUUUGGUUUAAUUUUAUUUUCUAGGUUUUUCUUUUGCGAAAUGUGCCAAAAAUUAAUUUAAAUCUUAGUUUGUGUAUCUUUUCUUUUUUUUUUUUUGUUUUUUACAAAUAAUACUCGUAACAUAUCUGAAAGAAAGAAGGAAAAACAAGAAAACAUUUAUCAAGAAGCCCAAAAAGCUGAAUUCACAACGCCUGUUUUUAGUAUUUAGUAAUCUUAUUCGUUUAUUUGUUAACUGGUUUUUUUUUUGUCCCAGUAUUCACUAAAACAACAUUGUUGUUGUGAACUCAGCUUUCGUUAAGGGGUGCCUUACAUAUUAUAUAUCUAUUUAUGCAGUUAGUUAGUGGUGUAUCCAUAUUGUGAUGUGCUCAUCUAGUUUAUAUACUACAGACAUACUAUGUACGAUAUAUGUGCAACUCUAUGCCUAUCCAUAUCGACCCAGUAUGUUACUGUACGGCAAUUAAGUAUUGGAACAACAACUGCCCGUAAAAAAAAAAAACAAAAACAAAAACAAUGAGAUAUAGUAUACCAUAUACAAAGUAAUAU